UGUAUUCACCAAGGAGUGUGUUAUGAAGAAGUCAUGCAGAAAAAUCCAGACAGGACAUAAAUCAUUUAGUUGCGCUGACUGUGGUAAAAUAUUUACCAGAAAGGCUAAUUUAAACAAACACGUGAAAAUCCACUCAGGAGAGAAACCGUUUUCCUGCCAUGUUUGUGGAUCCAGAUUUAAUCGAAAAACAAAUUUGAACACACACUUGAUAAUUCACACAGGAGAGAAGCCAUUUGCUUGUGAUUUUUGUGGUCUAACGUUUCGGGUUAAGAUCAAUUUAAUCACACAUGUGAAAGUCCACACGGGUGAAAAACCAUUCGUUUGUGGUGUGUGUGGAUGGAGGUUUAGUGAAAAGACGAGUUUAAACACACACGCAAGAGUCCACACAGGGCAGAAACCGUUCGUGUGUGAUGUUUGUGGACAUCAGUUUAGACAUAAGACUGCUCUGAAUGAACACAUGAGAAUCCACACAGGAGAGAAACCGUUUGAUUGUGAUGUUUGUGGACAAAAAUUUAGGCUUCGGUCACAUUUAAACUCUCACUUAAGAGUUCACACAGGGCAGAAACCAUUUCCAUGUGAUGUUUGUGGGCAAAGGUUUAGCAUUAGAACCAAUUUAAAAAGACACACGAGCACACACACAAAAGGAAAGGCAGUUUCACUGGGAUUUUAAGACCCUCUCAUUAACAAAUGAGAAUUUGCGCAAUAUUGAAACUAUUUCAGUGAUCUAUGUGAACUUGGGACGAUCUAAUCCAAUCACGAUUAAAAAUUGGGCCAGAAUCACAUGUUUUUAUUAAAUCCCAGCCUGCCACUAAUACUCAGUUUAUUGCAGCAACACAGGCAAAAACACUGAGACAGUCGACACUGAAAGAUUUGUUAAUAAACAGAGAAAUUGCAGACCGACAUGAAAAUGUCAGGUUUUGCAGUCGGCUGGAACGGCGCAGCAGGUGUUGUGCAGAGAACAGUUAGCCUGCCAGCCGUGGUGCCACGUGCUACCCAGUCGCGAAAAUGCUCAUCACUCAAUACAACCACAAACUGAGGACGUAUGACGAGGCUACCUUUAAAUAUAUUCAUAACACGUUUCUUAUCAGUGUACUUCCUGUGUGAGUGCUGUUUUCUGGCAGAUAAACUAAAGUAAUGACAAAUACAAAAAGUAAGGAAAUAAUUUUAAUAGUAAAAAACUUAAAGGACAACUAGGAUGUGUCCUCUAUUUCUUUCUUAUUGUGAUGCAUCGCUGAAGUACCAGAUCAGGACCCUCUAUCGGCAGAUACUCAAAUCAAAUGACUCCGACUCGGGUCAGGAGCAAAAACUGUGAUCGGAACAUCCCUAGUGUAAAGUCUUUAUGUUGUGAUGUUUGCCCACUACUGUGGUUAUUUUAUUCGUUUUUAUGAAAGGUAAUUGUUCUGUUUUUUUUUAUUUUGCAUUACGCCUCAUAAUUAGUUUUAGAAACACUUCUCGGUUUACACCACCAACAGUUUGUAUACAGGUCCCCGUAUGGGUACCUUCUACCUUACUUCACUCCAACCUCUGUCAGAAAUCCUGGUGUGACCUUUGACCCAGCGCUCACUCUGUCAGUCAUUUCUCUUGUUUGUUCUUCCUACUUUCACCUCAGAAACGUUGCUUAGUUGAGUCACACUCAGAACUUGAGGUGGUCUACUGCAACUCAGUUUUCACUCCCUGACCCGAGACCUCCAAGCACACCCACGUCACCCCGAUCCUCUUCCAGUCUCACCGGCUGCCAGUUAAGGCUGAUUUUUAUGUCUCUGUCAGCUCCAGCAUGGAGUCACGCAGACACAUUUGCAGAGAUGUUUUCCCUUCAGACGUCUCCACCACCUGGGGAGUGUAGUCUUCCUCCUGGGCAACAGAGGGCGUAGUGCUGUUCUGUGGUGUCCUGUCACCAUUACAGUCACAUAUCCAGUCCACGAUGAUGUAUUUACUAUUUUCUCUACAUUGUGUCUAUGCAUUUCAGAGACUUUUUAACACUGACAAAUUUGUCACUUCUAAACCCAAGUCAGUCAUUUCCAUUCACAGAUAAAAUGCUAGCUUCUUAUCCUUUUACUCCUUCAGUCACGGGUGAAUAAACAUUCAUAUUUUUGGACUUUUUCCAUGAGGUAUUCUUCAAUCCGCUCCGUUUGACACUAGAUAUCUUGGGCUCUCUCAAUAUUCUGGAGGAGGCUGUGGUGAUGCUGUUGAUGAAGUUAAAGGAAGCAGCGUCCUGACCAAUCACAAACUUUUGGCGGAUAGUUAAAAAGUUGGGCAUGUCACAGUCACCUUCAGUCCCCUGAGGUCCAGUGACCAAAGCCUACUGGUUUUUGCAGCACCAGGCUAGUGGCCAAAGGUGACAGAUCAUCUGCUGCUGUGGUCCCCAGACUAACUCUCUCCCCCUGAGAUCAGUGGACUCAGUGGUCUCCUUUAAAAGCAGCUGAAAGCUCACCUGUUCAGGCUGGUUUUGUGUAACCUUUGUCACCACCCUCCCCUUAUUCUGCUCUUCCUACCAACUCCGUCUUUCCCGGGAUCCACUGAUUACCUCUUUCUUGUUCAUUUUCUCUUUCCUUUUACUUUUUUAAUCACAAUUUAAUAUUUUUAAUCAUCUUUUAAAAAAAGUUUAAUUUUAUUUUUGGAAUAUUUGUUGGUGUGAAGCGCCUCGUGAUUUUUAUCUAGAGAGGCGCUCUAUAAAAGAUUUUCUUCUUCAAAAGUCUAUUUAAGUAAUUCAACUAAAGACAGAGACUAUAUUCAGGAAUCCUUUGCAGGUGUUUUGUAUUCAUUAGCUGAUGAGUGUGACACUUUUAGCCUUGAAAUUUUCACAAUAUUCUAAUUGGGAUUUAGAAAUUUGUGUUUCCUUGGCUGUAAGCCAUAUUUAUCAUUAUAACAAAUAAAGGGCUUUAAUUUCUGGCUUUGCAUGAAAUGAGUGUCUCCCAGAUUAGUUCUGCGUUUUAAGUUGAAUUACUGAAAUAAAUGAACUUUUAGUCCACUUUUAGUUUCACUUGUAGAUGAAAACAAAGUGCUGAAACUUGUUUUCUUAGAUCCUCCACAAACAAAUCUUUUAAAAUACCAGCACCUUUAUUUUAUUGAUGCCAUUGGUGCAGAAAAAUCUAGUCCAGGUUGAAUGAGAUGUAGUUCUGCAUAGAUGCAGAAAAAAUCUGAAGGAAAAACAGGAAACAGUUACAAGAUAUUCAAAGCAGCUGAAGUCCAUACGUUGGUUGUAGCCAUGAACUCUUUCAAG